AUGGCCUCGACCUCUCCAGACUCGGCAGCAGCAACUGCUGCUGCUGCGCCGUCACCUCCCGCCGCCACCGCAGCAAACACCGGCGACCUCCCGGCCAUUAUGAAGAACGACCCGGCGCGCACCGGCUUCGACCCAAAGACCAAGUGGUGGGUCAACUACUUCAAGAUCCUGUCGGGCGACAUGACGGCCGAGGGCGCGUUCCACUACCGGGAACAGCGGUACCGGGAGCACGAGGAGCGCGAUUGUCAGCGGUGCGAGCAGUUUCGCGACUGGACGUUUGCCCACAGCCCGACGGUGCGCUUCAUGCGGGAAAAGGUCGCGGACCUCAACGGGCGCCUGGACGCCUCCAAUGUCGUGUGUCGGCGCUGUCCCGCCCGGCUGACCGAGGACGGGCAGGUUCAUCGCCAGGGCGGCGGGUUCAGCCCCGGCCACGGUAUCCUAUUGUGCGCCAACGAGGUCCGCGACCGCAAGCACCUCGAGGACACCCUCAGCCACGAGAUGGUGCACGCCUGGGAUCAUUUGCGCUGGAAGGUGGAUUGGCAUGGCAAUCUGCAGCACGCUGCUUGUUCAGAGGUACAGUCUUAG